AAAGAAAAAAUUAAAGCAAAGACAACAACGACGUAAGUAGAAAAGCGUCCGAGUCUAUCCUAGAUAAACGAGGCAGGGAGUUGUCCAUAGAGAUCCACGAGUGGGACCCACAACAUUGACUUCCUUUCAAAUUUCAAACAUCAUAGGCGCGUACCCACCAUCUCGCAACUGGAUUGAAAGUUUGGUUGCCCGGAAAUCACCAACUUAAAGCGGCAUAUUAUAAGAAAAGUUGUUAUUAGCUGCGGAUGUCUACUAUCAGUGCGCAAAGAACUACAAGUACAAGAGAGCAUGACGGUGGAGGCACUAAUAAAGCUUUUAUCCGAGUAAAUCAGACAAAUUUUGGAUUUUACAAGAAAGCCACAGGUCGAAUACACGAGGUUCUGGUCAUGUCUGGCAGAAGCUCUGGCGUUGAUGCAAAGUUGAAGUCAUGCUUCUGAGACAUUAGCUAUGUAUGCAGUUAUUCCCAGUUCCUCUUUUCGUGCGG